UGAUUGCUUCAAACGAUGUUGGGUGUUGUCAAAAAACGUAGAAAACAAACUCAGAAACAUAGCCUAAUUUCAUCAAGUUCAUUAAUUGUCAUGGCAGGGUCAGGGUCAUCAUUGAAGAACUUUUUGCCUUUGAUGGACCGAGUUUUGGUCCAGAAGGCUGUGGCUCGUUCAAAAACUGAGGGAGGUAUUUAUCUUCCCGAAAAGUCUAGAGGAAGGGUCGUCCAUGGGCUGGUGGUGGCUGUUGGUCCUGGCGCUAGGACCAUCCAAGGAGAGCUUAUACCUCCGAGUGUACAGGUGGGAGACAAGGUGCUUCUGCCGGACUACGGGGGCACCAGAGUGACACUGGAAGAUGACAACGAGUACCAACUCUUCAGAGAGUCUUCCAUCCUUGCUAAACUAGAAUGAGAUGAGAUAUUUGAAAUGAACACGAACAAGAAGACUUGAUUCAGCAGGCCUUCAUUUAUUUUGUUGUAAU